GAGAAAGGAGAAAAAAAAGUCCAGAAAAAAGGAAGAAAAUUUUUUUUGCAAUGAAAAACUUCACGUUCGUCCAUUUAUUCUUGUUGAUUUUAAUAAUUAAUCAAUCUUGGGUUUAUGCUCAAGAUGAUUCCCCACAAAAUAUCAAUAAACUCCUGAAUAACCAAGUGGUUGUGUCGAGACAAAUAAUGUGCGUGUUGGACAGGUCGCCAUGUGAUAAUCUAGGCAAGCAGUUGAAAGCAGCACUUCCCGAGGUCAUCGUCCGUAAUUGUAAAAAUUGCACGAAACAACAAGCACAAAAUGCGCAAAAGCUCAUCAGCUUCCUCCAGACACGAUAUCCUGAUGUGUGGGCGAUGCUAGUAAGAAAAUACCGAAGCAAAGCUUAA